ACUGAUUUGACUGUUAUAACAGUUUUCGUCCAUUAUGGAGGCUGAUAAGGAUAUGAUUGAGGUUGAAGAAAAAGUAAAAUCUUAUGCCGGAAUCCCUGAAGCAGAAUUCGUGGAUGACAUUGAUGCGUACAUGACCCUGGAAACCAACAGUGGGGAGGUCGACAAAGUUCUCAAAAGGCUUGAUGAGCAACACAGCAAGUACAAGUGCAUGGAGUACAACCUGCUCUCCAAGAAGAGAAGGUUACGGGUGCAGAUCCCCGACUUGGAGAUGUCGCUGGCGAUGAUCAAGUUCCUCCAGAAGCAGAACGAGUCUCCCAGCGACCUGGAGAUGGAGUUCCUGUUGUCGGAGCAAGCGUACGUGAAGGCGACCAUCCCUCCCACCGACAAGGUGUGCCUGUGGCUGGGUGCGAACGUGAUGCUCGAGUACACACUGGAUGAUGCCUCGGAGUUGCUGGAGAAAAACAUUGAUUCUGCUAAAAAAAACUUGAGCCAUGUGGAACAUGAUCUUGAUUUCCUCAGGGACCAGUUCACGACCACGGAGGUAAACAUGGCUCGCGUGUUCAACUGGGACGUGAAGCGGAGGAAGACUGCCAAAGAGGCAGCAUCAUGAACAAACUGCACUGCCAUCAUCGUCUCGUUACACCAUCGUCUGAUAAUGGUUCUUUCAACAUUGUGGAACGGGAGAAAGGACAGUUCAUCUUUGGCUUGUUAUUUAAUACAGAAAACUUUUUUGUGACAAGUUCGUUAUUCAUUGCGGUUGUACUUCACUCAAGCUGCUUUUCUCCCUUGUCUACCAAGACAUUGUAUGCGUGUGCUAGUCAUGCUAUUCAUAUGUUUGUGAUAAAAGGUGUUAAUACUCAUGAUAAGUAUUUGCAUUACAAUUGCAAAUGUUUAUUGAGUAUUUUCAGCAUGCGUAACAGACUGGAAAACAAGCUGCAUAUAAAUUAGUUUUUUGCUUAUGUUAUCCUUACUAAUUUAUCGCAAAGUGGUUGUAAAAUUUUGUUAAUGCAUUUGUAAAAAGGAUUUAACUGUAAACAGAGCAUAAUACAUUUAUCAUAAUAAAACACGUUAAAUAAUA